CUGUGAAUUUUAGCGUUAAGGAUCCGAUGUCAUUUCUUAUGUUUGUUUUUUUGCAGAAUACGCCGAAUGGAGAAUAAAUUCGAACGGAUUGAAUAUUCCUUGAAGCAAACGUCCGAUCUGGGGAGGGAGGUCCUGGAGCGAGCGAGGCGGCGGGAGGUCAGUCGGUCGCCGCCAUCAUACAAACGGGGGCGCGAAACGCGUUGGGAACACCAGGAACCGGAUCGGAUGGAGGCGGAAGAUGAUGGCGCCAGUCUGGAGGAAGCGUUUUCUGCCGUGGCGGAUUUCAUGCGUUACACCACGGAGCAGUGCGCGAAAUACCAUAACUGCAUUCCAGCGAGCGACGUUAACGCGCAGGAGAUGCGACACGCCUGCAGGUUUCACCUUAGAAAACAAGGGCCGCCGACUCAAGCGUCAACUCGGGGGCCGGCUGCUUGUCCUCCCCAGUCUGUUGGGGUUCAGAGGAGACCCCAAGAUGUCAACAUUGAAGUUGCGCCGGGGACUUACCGAAUUUCCGCCGGGUCGCGCGGUUCUGCGAGACAGACUCACGUGUUAAACAUCCCCCCGGGACACACUGUGGGUCUGACCUUUGACCUUUGAGUUGUGCGGAAAUAACAUGAAUUGUCUUAAUUUGGAUUUUAUUCAUUUUUUUUCCCCCUUUUCUAUUCACAGUUGUGGCACUUUAUAUCUUUAUUUGUCUAAAAGUAAGUAAUAUUAAAGGAUUGGGCUGGGGAGGAAUAACUUUGUCUAGGCUGAUGUAAAAGAAGCAAUUCUGGUGCUCAUGUUUUAGAAUCACCAGAGAAAUAUCUGCGCUGUCUUUCAACCAAUCCAGACGUUGCUAUGGUGAUAAGACUUUGCACCAAAAUAUUAACCCCUUUAUUUCUGUAUUAA